AUGCUGGGAAGUAUUUUAGUCAAGUUAAAAGAAUACAAUAAACAUUGUUUUAAAAGUAGUCGAAUUGACCAAAAGUGUAAUCCAAUUAACGUAAAUACUUUUGCUGAUAUUCUUGACCCAAGGAUGUAUGACAAUUUGAUUAUAGCUAUCCAAAGUAUUGUUGGUGCCGAUGCUGAAAGUAAUGAGUGCAAAUCACCAUCAACUGCGACAACGGCGGGUACUUGGGUAACUAAGAUUGCUAAGUUGUAUGAGAAGGAGCUAAUCAAACAACGAGAAUAUAAAAAAGCGAAGGAUAGUGAGAGCGAUCAGACGAACCAGAGUAUUUCAUGGGACCAUCGACGACCGGUGAGACAUCUGGACAACGACGUUGGAAUGAGGCAAAUUCAAAUCGACCAAGGACGACAGCGUUUGGAUAAUUGCAAUCGAGCGAGUCGCCAUCUGUCUUCUGAAAUCGGAACUGAGCGGCAUAUCGACCAAUUAUUGAUCGCAACAGAAUAUUGGACGCAUCCCGCAAUACAACGGCCGGCGAGAAGGAGCUGUGAGCUGAUUGGAUGCGAGUUUCGGAACAAGAGAAAGAAAAAACGAGCACGUGUUGCCGAGAAGGCAGCCAUUUUUUUAUUCUCAAUUCUGAUCUAG